ACGACGAUGUUAUCAGACGUAACCCAACCAAAAGGAUCUUAUUGCAUUGAAGGAAGAAGAGUGAUGAGCAGGCUAAUCUCAGGGCCGGGAGAUUUCAUUGAGACUGGGAAUACGAAGAAUUUUUCAAUUCCUCAUCUUACGAAGAUCCAGAUCGGAUUAUGAUUGUUUGUUUUUGCCAGCCUUGCAUCACAUGGAAGCGCAUGCACCGAUUUAUAUUUUAGUUUUACUAAAUUUCUUCUUGUUUAUCGAUGGAUCGGCGUACUCGAUCGAUCGUUUCACUCUAUAAAUAGCUAGAUAGAGUAGUGCCUAAUCCCUCCAUGUCAUAAUAAAAAGCAACAACUACCACAACUAGUAGCAAGGUAGGUGUGAGACUGAGAGAUGGCUUAUUCCAGGAGCUGUUCUUCAGCUGCUCUGUUCCUUUCUCUCAAUCUCUUAUUCUUUGCCGUAGUCAGUGGCUGUGGCACUUGUUACAACCCGAAGCCUACACCGACUACUCCGACGACUCCAGCUUCCAAGGGUAGCUGCCCCAGGGAUGCCUUGAAACUAGGUGUAUGUGCAAAGUUACUUAAUGGGGCAGUUGGAGCGGAAGUUGGGAACCCACCAGACCACCCAUGCUGCACACUGCUCGAAGGGCUCGUCGACCUGGAGGUUGCAGCCUGCCUCUGCACCGCCAUCAAAGCUAACAUUCUUGGUAUCAACCUCAACAUCCCCGUUUCACUCAGCUUACUCGUCAACACCUGUGGCAAGAAGCUCCCGUCUGGCUUCCAAUGUGCUUAGUUAAGCGAUUCCAUUUCUCCGGCAGAGGCAGCGGCAGAGGUUGCUUCAUAUGUUGUGUUACGUUAUUCUUCUUCUUCUUUAAUGUUGUUUGCAUUCAUCAUGUCUGCGUUAUUCUGUUGUACUGGGUCAGAACUUCUAUGAGAAAAUGGCUCUUUUUGCAAUA